CGUGUACUCCUGCAGACUCUGCUAGUAGUUUUGGGGACCUGGAAAGUCUGAAAGUAAACCUUACCAGUGAAAACAGAGAUAAAAAGGACAUUGAGUAUCUCAGGCUUUUCCAUGACCUUUGUGACAAGGUCUCCAAUUACUCUCCAGCUGCUCUUGAGGGGUUAUGCUCAGCAUCAGUCAUCUAUCAUUAUCCCGGUGGUACUGGAGGUAAAGUUGGAUCUCGCAGGGCGCAAGGAGGUUCUCUUUCUGCUGAAGCAGGCAACAGGCACAGACCAGGCGCGCUGACUUCCAACGGUAUAAACGCAGAUACCAGUGCUGAGAUAGGACGUGCCAAGAAUUGCCUUAGUCCUGAAGAUAUCAUAGAGAAAUACAAAGAAGCCAUUUCCUACUACGGCAAGUACAAGAAUGCUGGUGUGAUUGAACUGGAAGCCUGUGUGAAGGCAGUGAGAGUCCUUGCAAUACAGAAAAGGAGCAUGGAAGCCUCUGAGUUUCUUCAGAAUGCAGUUUAUAUCAACCUUCGUCAGCUUUCAGAAGAAGAAAAAAUCCAGCGUUACAGCAUUCUUUCUGAGCUGUACGAACGUAUUGGGUUUCACCGCAAGUCUGCUUUUUUCAAGCGUAUCGCAGCGAUGCAGUGCGCUGCACCCAGCAUCCCAGAGCCUGGGUGGAGGGCCUGCUAUAAACUGCUUUUGGAAACUCUCCCUGGCUACAGCUUAUCCUUGGAUCCUAAAGAUUUUAGCAAAGGAACUCAUAGAGGAUGGGCUGCAGUACAGAUGCGUUUGCUUCACGAGCUAGUAUACGCUUCCAGAAGAAUGGGCAAUCCUGCUCUGUGCGUCAGGCAUCUGUCUUUCCUUCUCCAGACCAUGCUGGAUUUUCUUUCCGAUCAAG